UCGUCUUCCUCCCUGAGGCCUGAGCUCGGAGCAUCAUGAGCGACUCCAGUUCCCAUGGCGACGGCGGCGGCGGCGGCGGCGACACGAGCGGUCCUCAGUUUGAGGUACUCAACACUGGGCUUCAUCGUAACCACGGGUUUUUAUGUUAAUUUUGUAGAGACGUGAUUAAGUUUUCACUGCCAGCACAAGAACACCCUGAACUUAAUGGUGCCCUCUCCAGGAACCUCCAAACGCAUACAAGAGGUCCAGGAAAUGGCGACGUCCACGUAGGUCCGGGCUAUCUGAUGAAAAUGUUGGAGCAGUUGUGCGGCGCGGCUCCUGCAGAACACGGUGACUCGAAGCACCAGCAACCCAUCAUGUACAUUGUCCCCGAGGAGCUUAAAAACUCGGAUCAUAACCCCAGCGGAGAAUAUGAGCCGGUUGCUGUUCGUCUGGGCGGGCCUAAGAUUUAUCGUCGGUGGGCAAUUCAGGAGAGGGAAAGCUUGCUGAAGAUGGAAGGGUACAAAUGGAGCUGUGUGCGGCAGCUCAUCACCCGGCACAAGAGCCUCUUGGAGCCUGCCAGGACUCUGGUGCUGCUGGACGGAUGUUGCACGAGCAUGAAACGCCUCAUGCCUCGAAUCCGGGCUUCCUACUCUCAACCCGCCCUCCAAGAAAAUAAGGUGGCCGAGAUGAUGCUGCUGGACGGCUCCUUCAUCCUACACCGCUUGCUCAAAUACGCGCGCCUCGCGAAAAUGGAAGAAGCUGGUGGCGGCGGCUAUCAGUUUGACGAGGAAGAGGAGGAGGACGAGGACUGGACUCAGGUCUACGGCAGGUGCUUUGUGUGGCAGUUCGUGACGCGCGACCUGCUGCUGCUGGAGAACCAGAUCCCGUUCUUCGUGGUCCGGGAGCUCUUUCAGCAGCUGAGGAACGAGGACGAGCCCGAAGAGCUCCUCGUUACCGGCAGCCUCAGGCUUUUCCGCCCUCUUCGUCCCCAGAUGCUGCACCGCUCACCCAUUGCUUGCGAUGACGUGCACCACCUGCUGCACCUCUUCUACCUCUCCGUCACCUUACCGCCGACGAGUGAGCGCCAGCAGCAUUCUCGCCGCCGCCGCCGAAGCGACGAGCUGCUGUCGGAGCUCCCGCAGUGGAUCCCGUGCGCCAAGGAGCUGGAGGAGUCAGGGGUCCGGUUCCGGAAGAGAAAGAACGCCACGAGCUUCAUGGACGUGAGGUUCGCCCGGGGCGUCCUGGAGAUCCCGCAGCUGGAGCUCAACGACUCGAGCGAGUCGCUGUUCCGGAACCUGAUCGCGUUCGAGCAGACAUACCCGGACACCCCGCGGGACGUCUCCACCUACGCCGUCUUCAUGGACUGCCUCAUCACCUCGGCGGAGGACAUGAGGAUCCUGGACCUGCACGGCGUCCUCGUCAGCCAUCUCAACAGCAGAAGGGUCGCGUGGCGAUUCUUCAGCGACGUCGUCGGGCAGGUGCACUGGUCGGCCGACAACUACCUGCUCGGCCUGAUGGACGACGUGAACAGGUACAGGAACCUCAGGCGCCACAAGUGGCGCGCGGCGCUUGUGCGCAACUACUUCAGCAAUCCCUGGGUGACCAUGUCGGUGCUUGCGGCCCUGCUCCUGCUAGCCUUUUCCGUGCUGCAGACAUUCUUCGCUGUCUAUGCCUACUUCAAGCCUCCCAAGUAAUUAAGUUCGUGGGAAUAUAUAGUUAUAUACCAUGGAUCGGAGAUGUUAAUUUGCUUCGUCUGCUCUUAGUUUGGUCAUGUAGGCUGUUGCGUCAAUGUUAAUUUGAUUUGGAUAUAUUAUGUAUGCACCUUAUGUUA